CAUUUCAAAAGGCAAAAAAACCGCGAUCGCAAACCGUAAAAUUUUUAAAAUUACGUCUAAAAGCUGCAUCUAUAUGCAUACGCAUACGAUAGCAAUAGCAGCGGACUGUAAUUACAUGCAACUGACACUUGCAUUGCAAUUUCCCCGAAUGAGACAUCAUCACGCGAUUUCGGGUCAGUAGAGGAAAUCGCAAUGUGGCAAAUAUGUGGACCUCAUAACUACCGUUGGAAGAAAUUAUCUCGAGGACACGAACCCAAUCAAUAUACGCCUCUAGAAUUCACUUCCACGGUCCACAUACACAGAACCAAUUUGUGUGGCUCGAGCUUCCUCUUCUCUCCAAAACUUGAGGCUAUUAUAAACCACAUCAACACCACCAACUCCCUCUUAACCCUCAAAACAAACAUAGUCCAAACACACACAAUUGUGAGCCAGAACAAGCGCAAGAGCAACUCUUCUCAAAUUCUGUCAAUGGCAGCGUCUCUAGGCCUCUCCUCCGCCUUCACCGGAAACUGGGCCUCCUCGUUUUGCGGCGAUGAGCGCCGAGCUGUGGUUUUGAAACCGGUGAGCGUUCGGGCUGCGAAGCCGGUGAGGUCGAGUCCGAGGAUGGGGAAUGUUAAUGAAGGGAAAGGAUUGUUUGCUCCCGUUGUGGUUGUUGCUCGGAAUGUUAUUGGAAAGAAGAGGUUCAAUCAGAUCAGAGGAAAGGCCAUAGCCCUUCACUCACAGGUUAUUAAUGAGUUCUGCAAGUCAGUAGGAGCAGAUGGGAAGCAGAGGCAAGGGUUGAUCCGCUUGGCGAAGAAGAACGGAGAAAAGCUUGGCUUCCUGGCUUGAAAUUUUAAGACAAGAAUUAUUCCAUACUUCAAAUUGCAGUACAUGUUAAUUUUGGUGUUAAAUGUUAAUACUUGUUUCUAUGUUGUAAUAGAAUCAUGCUACA